UGCGAGUCUGACAUAGGAGCAUUUGGUCCGGAACAACCUGCUGCACUAACUUCACAUUGUACGAAUUUAAUCGCAUGAAGAACAGUUUUUUUUUUUUUUUUUACCAACGCACUUCAAGACAAAUUCAUUUGAUUCAGAUAGGUAUAUAUUUUUGUACCGCCUCGGUUCGUGUGGACGUUUAGGCAGACUCAUAACGAACCAUGGCGGAGAGAAGUGGCCGGCUGAGCUUCGGUGGCGGGGCGCUCAACAGACCCGUGCCGAUGAACCUGUUCGCCACAUGGGAAAUAGAUGGAUCGUCCCCGAGUUGCAUCCCGAGGUUGUGCAGUCUGACUCUGAAGAGGUUGGUGGUCCUGAGGGAGUUGGAUAAGGAGCUCAUCUCUGUGGUCAUCGCUGUCAAGAUCCAGGGUUCCAAGAGGAUCCUGAGGUCCCAUGAGAUAGUGCUGCCCCCUAGUGGCUCAGUGGAGACUGACCUGGCUCUCACCUUCUCACUGCAGUACCCUCACUUCCUGAAGAGAGAGGGUAACAAGCUCCAGAUCCUGCUGCAGAGGAGGAAGAGAUACAAGAACAGGACUAUCCUGGGAUACAAGACCCUGGCUGUAGGAACCAUCGACAUGGCUGAGGUGAUGCAGCACCCUACGGAGGGGGGCCAGGUUCUGUCUCUGUGCAGUAACCAGAAGGAGACGCUGGGUAAAGUAGCUGAGAUCUGGAUCUUCUCACUGUCCAGUCAGCCCAUAGACCACGAAGAGGCCGCUCUGCAGGAGGGAACCAAGAUCAAAUGUUCAGAUACCUACUCGGAGGAGGAGUACGAGAGUUUCUCUUCAGAGCAGGAGGCCAGUGAUGACGCUGUUCAGGGUCAGGACCUGGAGGAUGAUGAGUAUGAUGUGAGGAAGCCUAAGAAGCACAGGAGGUCUAUCGUGAGGACUGCCUCAAUUACCAGGCAGCAGAACUUUAAACAGAGACUGGUGGCCCUGAUCAAGAGGUUCCGAGUCUCAGACGAGGUGUUGGACUCGGAGCAGGACCCGGCUGAGCCCCCUCCAGAGGUAGAGGAGGAUCUGGACCUAGAGAGUCUGGAGUUUGAGAACCCCAGUGACAGUGGACCAGAACUAGACGAUGACGACAGUGUCCUCAGCACCCCGAAACCUAAACUCAAGCCAUAUUUUGAGGGUCUCUCCCUCUCCAGUUCGCAGACAGAUAUUGGCAGCAUUCACAGCAGCCGGAGUCACAGAGAACCACCAAGUCCGUGUUCUGGUGUCUUCUCCAGGCAGGAAGCUAAGUUGGCGGGGAGGAGAGGGAGAAGUACUUCCCUAAAGGAGCGCCAGCCCAACAGACCACAGAAUGAGAGAGCCAACAGCCUGGAUAACGAACGCUUGCUCGACACACGCUGCCAUCUACAGAUCCCCAGGAAGACCGUGUAUGACCAGCUGAACCACAUCCUGGUGUCUGACCACCAUCUACCUGACAGCAUCAUCCUCAUCAACACAUCUGAUUGGCAGGGCCAGUAUCUGUCAGGUGUUCUCCAGAGCCAGCACCUCCCGGUGGUGUGUACCUGUACUACAGCAGACAUCCAGGCCGCCUUCAACACCAUCGUCUCACGCAUACAGAGAUUCUGUAACUGUAACAGCCAGACACCCAUCCCCAUAAAGAUAGCUGUGGCUGGGGCCCAACAAUAUGUUUCUGUUGUGUCUCGUAGCUGUAACUGUAACAGCCAGACACCCAUCCCCAUAAAGAUAGCUGUGGCUGGGGCCCAACACUACCUCGGAGCAGUCCUCAGGCUGUUUGUAGACCACCUCUCUUACAAGACCCCUGAUUGGCUGGGCUACAUGAGGUUCCUCAUCAUACCACUAGGAUCUCACCCAGUUUCCAAGUACCUGGGUACCAUGGACUAUCAAUACAACAGUUUAUUCCAGGAUACAGCGUGGACGGACCUGUUUCACAAGCCAGAAGCACCAGUCAUGGUGCAGGAGAGUCCAGACGUGGUUUCCAGGGUAACCCAGUAUAUGGUCGGGGCCAAUGGAGCUCACCAACUACCCAUCGCUGAGGCCAUGCUCACAUACAAACAGAAGAGGAAAAAGAGCUUUCAUUUUGAUUUUGCAGUAAGCCCUGAUGAGGACUCGUGUCAGAAGUUCAUUCCCUUUAUCGGAAUGGUGAAAGUUGGCAUCGUGGACCAGUCAUCUGCAACAUCAGGUGACUCUGACGAUGCGUCCCCCAUGGGGAUGGUUUUCCACUCCUCCACCCCUCAGGUGUCCCCCGCCCUGAAGGAAGCCUCGCCCACCCCUCCCUCUUCCCCCUCCGUCAACACAAGCUUCAGUUCAUACAGUUCUCCCCAGGGGGAGCUGAUGGGACUACAGGUGGACUACUGGGUGGCUCCCUCCCCGGCUGACAGGAAGAGAGACGUGGAGAAAAGGGACUCGUCCUCCUCUAAGAACACUCUGAAGUGUACGUUCCGCUCGCUGCAGGUCAGCAGGCUCCCCCAGCCCGGGGCCCACCCACAGCCCACCAUGUCCAUGACCGUCGUCAUGAAGGAGAAGAACAAGAAAGUCAUGUUCCUGCCAAAGAAAACUAAAGACAAGGAUGUGGAGUCUAAGAGCCAGGUGAUCGAUGGCAUCAGUCGACUGAUCUGCACUGCCAAGCACCAGCAGACUAUGCUGAGGGUGCUGAUUGACGGCGUGGAGUGGAAUGAUGUCAAAUUUUUCCAGUUGGCGGCACAGUGGUCGUCACACGUCAAACAUUUCCCCAUCGGGAUCUUUGGACACACUAAAGGGCCUUACUAGCAGGCCCCGCAGGCAGCGACUAGAGCUAGUAUCCAUAGAGACCCUUACCAUAGUAGCGACCAUUACCAUAGUAGCGACCGUUACCAUAGUAGCGACCGUUACCAUAGUAGCGACCGUUACCAUAGUAGCGACCGUUACUAUAGUAGCGACUUUUACCAUAGACACUCAUCUGGAACUGAGGACGACGCCCCCGCUCUCAUGUGCCAAUAGCCUUUAACCUCCCAGCUCCGCUCUUUGCACUGC